ACUUCCAUCUGACGCCCACGCCGCCCAAGACUCGCCGCGCCGCUUCUCGCCGCAGAGAGACGCUGGCUGUCAUUGAAAAAGAAUGACUUCCGGUCGAUUUGACGCUCUCGCCGCCUCUGGUGUGAACGUACGUUCAUUGAGAUGGUUCAUGAGUUGUUGGGUCACACUGCAGCUGUCCAGAGCAGCUCAUUCUCAUCAGAACCACAGUUGGUGGCUACAGGUUCCUGGGAUAGGUCAGUUAGAGUUUGGAAACUCCAGGAUGGAAAAGAGGUCGCUAUAUCACAGGGACACCUGGGAAACGUGGCCUGUUUACGUUUUUCUGUUACUGGGACGCUGGGUUUUGAUUGACAUCCGAAUGUCCCGCCCCUUCUUCCGGAAGACUCCAUCGACCAGCAUGGCGCUAGCUAAGAGUGUCUACAAUCUGCUGUUCAGAAGAACCUCAACUUUCGCCAUAAGCAUUAUGGUGGGAGCUGUUUUCUUCGAGCGAAUGUUUGACCAGGGAGGAGAUGCGAUAUUUGAGAACAUAAAUCGGGGGAAACUUUGGAAACACAUCAAACACAAUUACGAAGAGAAGGAAGAGUAAUAAACAUGGCUUCAGUGCAACUAGAGGAGUUUUCCUUCUACCAUCAUCCCAUUUCCUGAUGUGACCCCGAUGGAUCAUCCACUGGCUUUUAAUGUGUCCCAAAUUCAAACUGGAUUGUCCUGGGAACAUAAGCAGAGACUGAUAGUUAUUAUCAAGUCCUGUAAACUUGUCACAUGAACAACUAAUAUUGUGUGAUAACUCAUUGUUCAUGAUUUGUAAAGUGUUGCUAAAUUAAUUCUGUAUGAAUAAACCCUAUGACCAAGAA